AUGGAGGACUCUUUCCAAUUCAUCAUCGAAUCCCCUCAGCACAACCAGGGUCACAAAAAGCGUCCGCGUCUCGUCACUUCCUGCGACAAUUGCCGUCUCAAGAAGAUAAAGUGUCUCCAGCCCUCGCCAGAGUCAAAGUGCGAGGCAUGCAAGACGGCCAAGAUCCCUUGCAAGUUCAAGGAUCGCGAACGCUACUUCGCAGAGCGCAGUCGGGCCAUAGCAGGCUCCAAUGUACCUUCAUCAUAUGGGGAUGAACGAAGAUCUAGUAGUAAUCCCGCCCUGGACGCCUUCUCAGUGGCUUCGAGUUCAUCGAGCCCCGCAUCGUCGCACUCGGGACCCAGGUCGACUUCGCAUUCACCAAAGGCGAGCGGCGUGGUUUGUGCAGAUGGCAGCGACUAUAACAGCCGCUACCCGUCUUACCCUCCGGAUCCCCGCCGCGCGACCAGUCCGACAUCUCGCCACACCCCGUCCUCGUCGAUAUCGUCCUAUCACAGCAAUACACGCGGUGACUCCAUGGGAUACAACUUUAUUCCAGCUGGCCCGGCCCAGCUAUUGCAAAGCACACAUCAAGCACGAUCCCCCUCAUAUUCUUCACGAGCCCUGCAUCUCUAUGACUCGGACCAAUCCCAACGGCCGCACCCCGAUUUAAUGCCUCACUUCAUCCAGUUGUUCUUUGAGCAGUUGGGAUCGGAGUUUCCCUUCCUGAACUAUCAGGAGAUCCUCGCUGAGUUCUGGGAAGGGACACUACCGCCGCUUCUUGCAAAUUGCAUAGCAGCUUUGUCAGCGCGGUACUCUAAUCUCCCCGACCUCGCCGUCAGGGGUCUGCAUAAUGUGUCCGAGUCUUAUUCGGAAACCGCUAAAAGUAUAUUGACCGCCGUUGCUCAUCUCCCAAACAUGGACACACUCCACGCUCUGAUGCUGGUCUCAUGGCUAGAGUACAAGAACAAUAGAAUUUCCAGUUUCAAAGUUUAUUGUCAAAUGGCAAUGAGCAUGGCUAUCGACCUCGGCCUUUCUGAUCAACACACAAUACAAAUGAACCCUAGUGAGGUUGAACGCAAUCGCAGACGGUCUACGUGGGCGAACAUCGUCCAAUUACACUUAACGGCUUCAUCGGUUCGCGCCUAG